AUGAACAGCAACUCGUCCCCGCUGGUAGCGGCGCAGCUCUGCUUCCCCGACGUGAACGGGUCCUGCGUGAAAGCGCCCUACUCGCCCGGGCCCCGGGUGCUUCUCUAUGCGGUGUUUGGCUCUGGCGCUGUGCUGGCUGUCUUGGGAAACCUCCUGGUCGUGACUUCCAUCCUCCACUUGAGGCAGCUGCACUCACCCACCAAUUUCCUGAUCGCCUCUCUGGCCUGCGCCGACUUCCUGGUGGGCGUCACUGUGAUGCCCUUCAGCAUGGUCAGGUCGGUGGAGAGCUGCUGGUACUUCGGGAGGAGUUUCUGCACUUUCCACACGUGCUGCGAUGUGGCGUUCUGCUACUCUUCUCUCUUCCACCUGUGUUUCAUCUCCGUCGACAGGUACAUUGCGGUCACCGAGCCCCUGGCCUAUCCCGCCAAGUUCACAGUGUCUGUGUCGGGCGUUUGCAUUGUUGUCUCUUGGAUGCUGCCCCUGGUAUACAGCGGAGCUGUGUUUUACACAGGUGUCUAUGACGACGGGCUGGAGGAAUUAUCCAGCGCCCUCAACUGCGUAGGAGGUUGUCAGGUAGUCGUCAAUCAAAACUGGGUGCUGAUCGAUUUUCUAUCCUUCUUAAUACCUACCUUUAUUAUGAUAAUUCUGUAUAGUAAUAUAUUUCUUGUGGCUAGACAACAGGCUAAAAAGAUUGAAAACACUGGUAACACAGGGGAAUCAUCCUCUGAAAGUUACAAAGCCAGAGUAGCCAAGAGAGAGAGAAAAGCAGCUAAAACCCUGGGGAUUACGGUGAUAGCAUUUAUGAUCUCCUGGCUGCCGUACAGCAUUGAUUCGUUAAUCGAUGCUUUUAUGGGCUUCAUCACGCCCGCCUAUAUUUAUGAGAUUUGUGUUUGGUGCGCUUAUUACAACUCAGCCAUGAAUCCUUUGAUUUAUGCUUUAUUUUACCCAUGGUUUAAGAAAGCUAUUAAGGUUAUUCUCAGUGGUCAUAUUUUCAAGAACAGUUCGGCAGCCAUGAAGUUAUCCUCAGAAUGA